CAUAUUUACGAGCCUUGGUUCUCAAGAUAUCAAAGGUCAAAGUGGUUGCCACCUUGACAGUGCAGAUAAGAUUUUUGUUUGGUAACGUUAUGAAUAUAAUAAUAAGGUAAUCAUCUAAAAACUAGUCGUUAGCCCGUGGAAAAAUCCACGGGGUCCCCCGCCCUUUAAAUUAACCUGUUGCAACAAAGUGGACAGAAAUAUAUCGCAUUUGGUAUUGGUGUGCAUUUUAAAAAUUUUGUGUUUCCGUUACGGUACACGGCUUUCGCGGACACAUAGACAGACAGACGACGGCUGUUAUUAAAGAGAUUAAAGUAUUACCUGUAUGAAACUUUUCCUUUAUUUUUGUGUAUAAAAACUUUUCUUAAGACAGUGGGUGUUUUCAUUCAUUUUAAAUGUUUCUCAAAAACAAAAGGUCAAAUGAUUAUACGCAAUGGAAUGUGCCAAUUCCUAAAAGAACACUGGAAAUGAUUUUGUGAAAUCAUUUCUUUAAUUCACAAUUUCAAAUUCUGCAAUUUCCUGAUACAAUAACAGAUUUGCAAUCUUUAAUUCAGCCAUUUCUUGAUUGUGUCACAAAUUGACAAUCUUUAGUUCUGCAAUUUACGAUUUUUUCAACGAUGACUUCGCAAUCUUUUAUUGCGCAAACUUUUUUUCCCUUAAGGUAGAUGCAGCAAUAGUUUUAGAACAAUGAAAAAUCAUGAGCUUGUAAAAAGUUGUUAAAGCUAAUUUUUUCUUCUUUAUUGCAUAUUUUUAAGCGGGUAUAUCUGUGGCGCGUGGCCUUGUGGUUAUGGAGUUCGCUUCGUAAUUACAGGGUCCGUGGUUUGGUCCACAGCGUGGGCAUGUUUAGCAAGUGCCUUUACUACAGGUUCAGGUCAACCCACACCAUGUAAGGGAAAUUGGGUAGGGAUUGCUGGUGUAUACUUAUGUAUACAUUCCGAACACAGGACCCACAUUGAUAACAGUGUUUCGUACACUGAAGUGGCUAUAUCCUGUAUAGAUAUCGGAAUAAUAUUAAUAAUAUAACUUUAAGCUUUAGCCUUUUCUUAUUUUAUACACAGCUAGUCGAUAAUGCUGUUGGAAAAUAAAAAUUAAAAAAAUCAUUUGAAUUUUGAUGACGUAAACAAUGACCAUACACAAAGAGUUUUUAGAUUUAUUUGGCUGUUGCUUCCAAUGUGUAGAGCUGAAAAGGCUGAUCAAGAGAAUGUAUAGGAUCGUGUACUUUGAACCAACAAUUAAGGAGAUAAAAGGGUAUAAAAUUUUGCUGACAUCAGUAAAGACAACCAAUGUUUCAAAAAAAUAUUUAUACACAAAAGACUUGACUUGUGUAAUUAUACCUUCAGUUUUUUUUUGUAAGCUUACAACUAGACCAUUUUAUCUGAUCCAAAAAAGCAACAUUUAUGUUUGUUUUUGCAAUAAGUAUAUCCAAGCUUAAUUUCCAAUUUUCACUUGCUCAUAAAUAACAUGUAAUUUUGUACUUUAUUAUUUUUAUUAUUUUUAUUUUAUUUUUAUUAUACAAAUGAAGAAACCAAAGCAUUAGUUUUUUAUAUAAAAAUAAAUUUUGGAAAUAUUUGAGAGAGAGAAAAAAAUUAAUCAAUAAUUUAAGAACAAACCCUGGAUUCUAGAGAAAGAAUCAGAAGGGAAAAGACCUGAAAAUAAGAAUGAUUAGCAUAGGGUCAGAUUUUAAUGGCUCUUAUAAAAAACUGUGUAUAAAAGGUGUCAAAUGUUAAUUGUAUAAAUAAAUCAUUGAUCUACUUAACUUAUCCGGUAUUUGCGUGAUUUUACAAUCUUUCGUGAAAUGAAUUGUUUUACAAAUAGCUUGUAUUAUUUAUUAGAUGGGAUCUCUUAAAAUAAAAAUGCCAAAAAACCUAGAAAUACCAUUUGGAGUCAACCAUGUUACUUCUGAUAUUAUUUGCGAUCUCGGCCAGUCUUCAAUCUUAAAAAAACAAAUCAGUGGCCACUGGUGUUUUAACUGCUACCAUUUUGUUGACACUGAUGACACAUUUAUGAGCAAGAAGCAUGGUGACUAUAUGUAUCAGAAAUUUGAAGAGAUUGAAUCGCCAAGAGAAGACCACCUUGUUUGUAUAUGCUUGGAUUGUGUUUACUAUCGCUUGCAAAUAUGCUCUGUGUGCUCAAAAGGAAGCCCUUUGUGCAUGUACCCUUUAUGUCAAUGGUUUGAAGUUAACAACAAAGAGAGAACUUGCAUCGAUUGUACUGCUAUUGCAGAAACAAGGGAUAUUUUGAACUCUUUGGAUACUUUAUGUGCAAGCCAGUGUAUACUUCAAUGCAACAAAUGUUGCAAUUAUAAGUAUGUGGGCUCAUUUUCAGUGUUUACAAAUGCAUACGGAGAACAUGCAAGAAGAGUUAUUCGUGACUUAGAUGUGAAAAAGGAUCAACAGUUAUACAAGCGAACAAUAUGUUUGGAAUGUCGGCUAAAUGAAGAUAUAAUCAUAUAUCGGCAGACUUUAAAAGACAGAUAUCUUUCAAAAAUAUUAUCAGAGCCUGUAUUGUCUGCAAAAAUAACUGCAAAUGUUGAAAAAAGUGAGCAGUUUUUUGGUGUGCAAUCGUAUGCAAGUGCAGUGUCUGGCAAACAGUUCAAUGUUGGACAUCACAAAGUCGAUGUGGAAUCUCUAAGGAGUGAAGAAGAUGAAAGCAAUGGGCCUGUUUACUUUUUAUCUACUAUGCAAGAUUACGUGUCCCAAAUAUUACUGAAAGUUCUGCAAGACGAGAUCAUAUCACUCCGUGCCAAAACAGAAUUGGAAUUAAAGUUAAGUGGUUUACCAUUAAAUAUAUGGGACGAAAUCUUACAAAAGAAAAUGCAAUUCACAACACACAUGUUUUCAUUGCAGUCCAGUGGCCUCUCAAAUUUUGCUGAUCCAGAAAGCAGGUGGGCGUAUAUUGCUGUGUACACGCCAGUUCAUGCCAGUAUGGUGUAUGAUAUCGUUCUUCAGGGAAGAUUUGCAACGCUGUUAGAUAUCAUCACCACUUCGAAGGAUAGUGACGAAUUUAACGUAGCUUGUUUUGGAGCUGGACCAGGUAGUGAAGUUCUUGGGUUAAACCCGUUUCUUCCAAGUCAUACGAAAUACCACCUACUCGAUAACUGCACGUUUUGGGAACACAAUGCUAAGAGUUUGAUCAAACAUGGUGCUGGUAUUGAUUUCAAUUUUCUACAUUUCGACGCUCAAAAACAUCUGAAAAAAGAGCAUAUUGAAGCGAUUAAAAAGUCGAAAAUUUUAACAUUCGUUAAGUUCAUUUCCGCCAUUCAAAAUCAGUACAACGCCUCGCACUGCUUAAAAAACAUCUUCGAUAUAGCGCCAUCCGGAUCGACAUUUCUGAUUAUCGAUAACUCGCAGCCGCAAAUCAAAAGAUACGUCGAAAGUUUGAUUUUUCCAAAUCGAGAUUUUGUCGAGAAGUCAAAUUGUAAGGAGAACAGCCGAUAUCAAAUGUUCACAUCCUAUGCGGAGUACCGUUUCGAUGUAGCCUCUGUGAUGGAGAGCCAUGAAGAUAUCUGUAAGUUGUUGAGUCUUGUGAUGGAAUGGGUGGAGCGCCCUCCACUUGUUGAUGUGCGUGUGUAUGUAUUUCUGGUACGAAAGAAGUGAGCUCGACCUCUAGUAGAAUGUUUAAUAAGCUAUCGAAUUUGUCAUCUGCGAGUUCUUUUUAAUAAAAGGAUUCAAUGGAUUUUGUCACUAGAUAAACUUCAGUGCUAAAUAAUAAAAAUGUUAUAUAACGAAGUGAAAUUACAUUGUUCCACCUCGCAAUUUUUAUGACUGUUUAUGUCCAUGAUUUGUGUCAUUUCCGUAUCUCAUUGAAACGAGAAAUUUUAGGUUUUGUUCAGUUUCGUCCUGCAUACGUAGAAUGUUUGCUUGACAUCAAAAUUUUAAGACCUCGUCUUUAGAUUUUGUUGUUGUUUUUAAUUUCUUUCUCUAUUUUUCUUAGAAAAUGUAUUAAAUUUUUUGCUUAAAGUUAUUUCGUUAAAAAAGAUAAUUUUGUAUGUAGUUAGAUGUGUAUAUAUAUAUAAAAAAUAACGUUUUUAUUUAUAUAAAAUGUACAAAAUUGAGAAAAUAUUUAUUAACGGCUUGAUGUAGUAUUUUUUUUUCACGGAUAAUUUCUAUGUUGUGUACAAUGUCUGAGGUGUUCACAGAGGUUUUAAAUGUUUUCAAUACUCUGAUAUAUAAUGAGGUAAUGCUGAAAUAUUGUCUAUCAGUGACAACAAGUUUAUUUUUUCAUUGUCACAUUUCAAUAUUUCCUACUCCCCAAAGUCUGUUUUAAACUUUUUGACAGUGUUCCCAUACGCCUUGUCAUUGUAUACAAAUUGAAUGACGUCACAUUGACAUAAUUAUAAAGCACGUUUUUUUUGUGCGGUUUAGUGAAAAAAUAAUCAUUUAAAAUACUCGUAAAUUCAUAUUAAAAGAUAAUGGUUCAACCAAA